CUGAGAAGCUGCCGCUCGCUUUUGGGCGAACAUCUGCCCUGAGGGGGAGCAGAAAGGAGAACAAUUAGUUUUACAACCUUAAUCUGAGCCCUGUUUGGUCUCGUAGAUAACGUUAGGAUGUGGGCGUGUUCUCGCCCCUUUUUAACUCCGCACCCCCCGCUCCCCUCGGCCGCGCGCGUUGCGGAGCAGCCACUUGCUGCGGAGUGGAUGUGGAGGUGAUGCGGCUUCGCCCGUGGUCCCGCGGCCACAGCUCAGGCACCGGCACCGGCUCCGGCUCCGGCUCCGGCCCAGGACGCGACAGGAGGAUGGGGUUCUGCCGCUUCACGCUUCUCUGCGGGGCUCUGGUGCUUGUGUGGGAGUUCCCCCGUUUUCAGGCGCUCGCUAUUUUCCCCCCAUCUGCUCCGAAGAGCAGCAAGGUGGUGAAACUUUAUGAUGGCAAAGAAGCCACUAAAUACUUUUACGCGCCGCCGCCCGGCGACAGAUACAAUAAAGCGGCAUCUAAAGACUUAAUUGAGCCUCAUGACUACAUGCUGUCCAUAUACAAGACCUUCUCCACGGCGGAGAAACUGGGACUCAACGCAAGUUUUUUUCGUUCUUCAAAAGCUGCAAACACUAUUGCAAGCUUUGUGGACAAUGGAGAAGAUGACCUCCCACUCUCCCCUCUGAAGAGACAGCAGUAUCUGUUCGACGUCUCAACCCUCUCAGAGAAAGCGGAGGUGCUGGGAGCCGAGCUCAGGAUAUACACCAAAGUGUCUGGGAAUUUCAGGAUAUCGGAAACAGAGCUCGUCGACAUCCAACUCCUCUCCUGCCACGACCAGCAGCUGCUCGACUCCAAAACACUGGACCUCCAGGAUUCCCACAGGCCAAAGUGGGAGGUGUUAGACGUGUGGGAAAUAUUCAGGGAACGGCAGCACCUGAGCCAAGGGAAGCACUUCUGUCUGGAGGUCAGGGCCAUGCUGGACAACCCGCAGAGGGAGCUGGACCUGAGCCUGCUGGGCCUGCACAGGCUCGGGAGGCCUCAGCAGAGAAAAGCCAUCCUGGUGGUGUUCACCAAGUCCCGGAGGAGGCAGACGCUCUUCAGCGAGACAAGAGAGGGCAGAGCCUUGCUGGGAGUAGAGCGAAAGGCCGGCGAGCGCGGCCCCGGCGGGAGGGCGAGCAGGAGGAGGAGGACGGCGGCGGCCAAAGCGCGACACGGGAAGAGACACGGCAAGAAAAACCCAAACAAGUCCCGCUGCAGCAAGAAGCCGCUGCACGUCAACUUCCGGGAGCUGGGCUGGGACGACUGGAUCAUCGCCCCGCUGGACUACGAGGCGUUCCACUGCGAGGGCGUGUGCGACUUCCCGCUGCGCUCCCACCUGGAGCCCACCAACCACGCCAUCAUCCAGACGCUGAUGAACUCCAUGAACCCCAGCAACAUGCCGCCCAGCUGCUGCGCCCCCAGCAAGCUCAGCCCCAUCAGCAUCCUCUACAUCGACUCAGGGAACAACGUGGUCUACAAGCAGUACGAGGACAUGGUGGUGGAGUCGUGUGGCUGCAGGUAGUGGACCGGAUGGGACUCACUUCAGCAUCCUUCGUUCAGACUCUGGGAAACUGCGAUGGGAGAGCAGACACAACCAAACCGAACUAUGCACCGAUGCGCUCAUGAUUAAUACCUCAAAUAUUGCUUGUACGUUUGUUUGUUGUGUGUGUGUGUGGUUGCUUUGACCAUGCAGUGCCUGUUCAUUCAGAGGAGUCUGAUUAUUGUAUCCGAUUUACGAAAACAAGAUGUUUAUAAUAACAGUUCAGAAUUUGAAAAACAGACACUUGGAGUGAUUAUGACGACCCAACAAGAAUCUGUCUUUGUCCCACGAUGACAGUUUUUCUACCUGAAAUCCUGCACGGCCACGAGCAAAGUCGUGUCCCUCAACUCUCGUAUUUCCCCAAAGUGCUGAUUGAUCGUUUUUAAAAACAUAACUGGUACUGGUGAGUUCUAACAGUAGUCCAGAAAUGACUAAGAUCUGCUGAUGUCCAGAAUUAUUUGCAGCAUUUGCUUAUUGAGGUGUUGAUUUAUUACAUCUAACGGACCUCAGACAAAUUUAAUGAGACACUUCCAGUAAACAAGUUUUGGCAAAAUGAAAAACUUGAGCGAUGCUUCUUCCACGAUUCAAAGGCUUUGCAGCACUUGACAUGGCCAAUAACUCAGGGAAUGUCCUCAGGUGCUGGAGAACGCGACGAGACCACAACAUUCCCACCUGAACCGCAGGAUAGUUUCUCACCCGUCCACGUCAUGAUGGAGGAGAUUCUUCCUCGCUUAUGCACUGAUGUUCAAAGGUGCCUUGUGUAAAUAUUUGAUAUAGAAAUAAUAUUUGAUGUUGUAUGAAUAAGUUAUUGCAUUUUUAUUGUCCACUUUGCUCUGUUCCAACUUCCAGACGGUGUGAGUCACACAUCUGGAUGCUGAGGCUCAAAUAAACACGCAUGGGUAACGUUAUAGUAAUGAAGGGUGACAGCCACGUUCUGUUCCGGACUCAAAGAACACACGAGUAUCAGCGUUCACGUACAUUUAAAUAGGAAGGAAUGUGUAGUGUCCAGUACCAGCCCUUCAUUCUGUUCAUGAUCUGCAUCAUUUACCAGAAUCAGCAAAUAAUAAUACAUUAUUUGACCCCGAACAGUUUGACACAUUAAUAGCUCUGAAAUAUUUAACCAAAUUAAUCCAAGUCUGUCUAAUUGUAUCGACUGUAAGAUAUGUAGAAUAACAGAAAAUUAAAAUGUAUUGAUCUAUAUUUUCUUUUUGUAGUAUUAGUGUUUUCAACAUUUCAACGCCAGAUGUGUAACAAUGGCAGAAAUAAGAAAGUGAGAAAGGACUUGUUUUUUUUUUUACUUAACAUUCUUUAUGACCACAGCAGCUACGGUCCAACACUGUGGAGACAUGUUUCUGUUUAUCCCAGGAAUCCAACCCGAUGGUCACUUUCUAUUAGCUGCGUUUCUGGUCUCCACAGCUUCUAAGUGUCUGUGUCCAUCGGCUGCUCUAUGAACGUCUGUGAAUGAAGCUGUGGCCAAAAGCAACAGAGAGAGAGAGGGAAGCGAGGGCGAGAGCAGACGUAGCAGUGAUCAGAAACUCACCGCGAAGCCAAGAGGAGCUGCAGAUUUAUAAUUGACCCUAGAUCCGUCUCUACGGCAACGUGAGCGGGCAGCACAGACUUCUUCCUGUUUUAAACUCUUCCCGUUCUGUUUAUCUUUGCGCUGUCGAGCGGAUGAGCGGGACGAGCGACAGCUUGAAGGGUGAGCACAAGGUCAGCAGACGAGUGGAAGGAGCCCAUCGUCCCUGGGUGGGCGGCCUGCUGGGGGUCGAGGCAGAACGGGGGGCAAUAAGUGACUAACUAAUUGGGGGGCAGAUGUAGUGUCUGACCCCCCCUUGAGCCGACAGCCACAGUGGGUCCACUGCCUCCCGGACAAUGGCGGUGGAGGAUCUCAACAUUAGAUUAAGCCUGCCUUUUCCUCACAGGGGUCAAAGGUCAAGUGGCCAUUGUUUCUCAGGGCUGCGGACAUUAAGGAACGCACAGGUUCUUUUAUAGCGGGGCAGAAACCCAGAGGAGGGGGGAGGAGGGCAGAGUGGAGGAAUGCGGGUGAUGCUCCGAGGGCUUCGCCCCGAACAACAAGGUGAGAUAUAAAAAAGGGGCGGCGGAUUGAAGCAGCUGCUGCGAACGGCCGGCCGGCGGGGGACAAAGGGCUGGAAUGCGCCGUCUCUAUAGUGGCGCACGGAGGCGUUUCCACCAGUGUCUCACUGUGGCAGAUUUGCUGCGAGGUGGAGGAAAAUAUUUGCCGGGGAAACAAAGGCGGGUGUAAAUGGAGUGCAGGAUUCAGCUGCUGCGAUCGGACGACGGGGGACGAACCGCGAGCGCGUUGUGUGUGAUGGUAAAUGCUUCACACAGGUCCAGUCAGUGGAGACCUGACGACAGCGACUGCCUGUGGAUGGAGAACAUGUUUAUCUACAAGGACAGUCAGACACUCACGUCUUCAUAAUUAACGUGUCCUGUGUUUGGUUUCAACCUCUGGAGAAAGAGUGUGCGUUUGCUUUGUAAACUGGACCUGUGUCAGAACGCUCCGAGCCGCCGACGUUUCUCCUCCUGUCGGUGAAGUGAACGUCUGACGGUGCGUUUGUAGCCGUCCCUGCAGGGCUCUGCUCGUGAAGCUUCCUGUGAUUCCAGGUCAGAGGAUGUCUAGACGUCUACGACGCGU